AUGAAGAAAUCGAGCCCGGCAAAGCAACAACCACCACCACCACCUCCGGCUGAAGUCACCGUGCCAGAUAACGAGGUUACUGUGCAACAACUGAACGAGCUGUUGUCAAACAGCAGCGGAUUUUACAGUUUACCAACACAGCAUUUCAACGAGACAGACACGUUUGUGGGCCAGAAUCUGAUGCGUCUGCAGAAGCUGGGCGUGACCCACAUCCUGAACGCGGCGGAGGGCAACUCCUUCAUGCACGUCAACACCAACGCAGAGUUCUAUGCUGGCUCGGGCAUCACCUACCACGGCAUCCAGGCCAACGACAAGCCUCAGUUCAACCUCAGUACAUUUUUUGAGGAGGGGGCGGACUUCAUCGAGAAGGCUCUGGCACACAACAAUGGCAAAGGGAAGGUGUACGUCCACUGCCGAGAGGGCUACAGCCGCUCGCCCACCAUUGUCAUCGCUUACCUCAUGCUGCGCCACAAACUGGACGCCCGGGUGGCGGUUGCCACGGUGAGGCUGAAGAGAGAGAUCGGCCCCAAUGACGGCUUUCUGCGCCAGCUGUGCCAACUCAACGAGAAGCUGGCAAAAGAGGGCAAGUUGAAUGGGGUGAUGCCAGUUGUGGCUGCCAGGUUAAAGACAAAGUAA